GAAGUGGUUGGUGGAAGCGCCACUGGACUCCAACAGCUAGCUGGCUAGGGCGUUGCUAGCGGCAGAAAGUGGCAUUUUUUUUCGUCCCCUUUCCUCAAGUUGUAUUCUUGUACAAAACAACGUCUCGCGUUCGAGGAGAAGACGCGGCGUUCGGUGCUCUCUCCCAAAGUUCCGUUCGCAACCGCGGGGCCUUUUUAAAAAAAAAAAAAGUAUCCUUCUCGUCGUUGUUUGCGGAGGACUGGCUGUUGCGUUCGGUCCCGUUAGCCGGCCACGGAGCCACGGAGCCGCGGAGCUAGCCCCGCUGCUUCCCACCCACGGGAGUUCUGCCCCGAGAGAAAACGACCGAGUCGUGGAAAACAUGGAGUCGAGGAGCGUCGCCCGGUGCUAAACCGACUUCACGGGAUCUUUCCGCUCGGCUGAAGGAGUCUCUCUCUCUCUCUCUCUCUCUCUCUCUCUCUCUCUCUCUCUCUCUGUCUCUGUCUCUCUCUCUCUCUCUCUCUCUCUCUCUCUCUCUCUCUCUCGCCGGGAGGAGAACACCACGGAGACGCGUCGGACGCCAGUCAACGUCGAUGCGUGUGUGUGUGUGUGCGCGCGCGUGUGUGUGUGUGUAGAGUUCGGUCGUUGGCCGGUUCAUUGUUGUGAACGGGAGUUUGCACACGAAGCAAAGUUCCCUCGUCGCUCCUGCUAGCUGGUAGCCGGCGAGGUCCGACACGAUCGUUCAAUUAACUCGUGUGCUCUCUUCUUCUUCUUUUUCUUUUUUUUAAUCGCCCAUCUAAUCGACAUUUUGUUUUUGAACCCAGCGCUGCCAUUUGUGCAGGUUUAGUUUCCUGUUGUGGCCGUUGUCGGAGUGCGCUGGUCUUGUGUGAAACGGGACGCGAGGGACACACGGCGCCGCCGGCAGCAGGCGACACCAGAUGGGACUGGAGGAAUCUCCAGCGUCGUCCUCGUCGGAGAUCGUGUAGGCGACCGGGGCCCGUUCAGCCCGAGCAGGGGUGGAGGCGCACGGACUCGCACCGCAGGGCCGAGGGGUGGUGGUGGUGGUGGGGGGGCGGGGAGGGGGGGCACGUCUGUUCCGCUGGAAUACCGAGUGUGUUCACACGUUUCAAUUCGGCGGACAUCUUUGGAUUCCUACCAGCCCGUGCCAGCUGGAGCGGAACACGUAUUCGCCAACAUACAGUCCGACGCCGGGGUGGGACGUCACGUCGACAUCGGUUCAUUCUUUUAGGGGUUUUUUUUUUUUUUUUUUUUUUUUUUUGAAGGGUCUGCACUGUAGAUGCCUCGCUGCUAGUGUCUCUUGUGUGUCCCCUAGUCUCUGGACAUUGUGCCUGGCCACAGUUUCCCCGUCUCAGAUUGAAUUGAUUGUCAGCACCGUCUAGAAGAAACCCCAAGUCCCUGCCCACUUCGGACGAAUGCCAAGAGGAAGGACGCCGCAGGAAGUCGCCUCAUCACACUCUGGAAAAUGUUAAUCGGAUGUAAUUGGCUGCGAAUCUAGACCCGGAAGUCCAAUGAGUGACACACAGUCCAGCUUCACUGACAGGUUUCCCAAGAAAGCAAACAGAACCAGCAGCAUUCUCAGUAAAGACCAUCCCCCAGACAAGAAACCCAAAAGUGACAAGACCUCACUUCCCUCCAAUGAGUUUGACCCUACAGAAGCUCUGGUGGUGCAGAAGAGUGGCAGCAGCAGUGUGCUAGCAGAGGGGAAGCCUGAGUCCUGUGGUCUGGUCCAGAGAUGUGUAAUCAUCCAGAAAGAUGAAAAUGGCUUUGGGCUCACUGUCAGUGGUGACAACCCAGUGUUUGUGCAGCUUGUCAAAGAAGAUGGGGCUGCUAUGCGGGCAGGUGUUCAGACCGGAGACAGGAUCAUCAAGGUUAAUGGGACACUUGUUACACACUCAAACCACAUUGAAGUGGUGAAGCUAAUCAAAUCGGGCUCAUAUGUGGCCCUCACGGUGUUGGGGCGCCCUCCAGGGCUCGCCCAGAUCCCUUUGUCUGAAGCAGAAUCUGAAAUGCUGGGCGUUAGCAUUUCCUCUCCAAACUCUCCAGCAACCGAACGUCCCUACAGUCCUCAGGACCGCUUCUCUUCUACACAACCACCAUGGCAGGAUGAUAAUAGCAGUGUCUGCAACCAGAGGGUUGAUGCCUUGCAAAGGAUGCUCUUGAAAGAGCAGCAGGAGCUGCAGGCCAUGAAGGAGGAGUACAGCAGGAACCCCUCCCCCAAACUACUGAAAGACAUCCAGGAAGCUAAAAAACACAUUCCUCAGCUGCAGGGUCAGCUCUUCAAGGCCACUGGGGCAACACAGGAGGCUGUUCCAGGCGGUGAUGCAGAUGAUGGUAGCAUGUUUGAGUCAGAGCACACUCUCACCUCUAAGGGAGACAACAGUACAGACAUGUCCUGGAGCAGCACUCCUUUAUCUCACAGAUUUGGGCCUGGAUCUCCAGACAGUAUGUGUCUCAGAGACACAUCAGGCCCCAGCCCAAAGAGCACGCCCAGGAACAGCUUCAACUCCUGCCACUCCCCAGAGGCAGAGGACACCACUGACCUGGACUCUCUGUCCCCCACCACAGUCAGCAGUUCCUCUUCUUCUCGCCUCGUCUCACAAAUCAUUGGAGCUGAGGACGACUACUUUGAUUCAGACCAGGAACAGACAAACGGCCAGUGUCACAGCUUUAACAGCAUCGAGCAGCUCAAGUCUCGCCCCGCCCACCUCUCAGCCUUCCUUCACCACGUCAUCUCUCAGUUUGACCCCGCUCCUGUGCUGUGCUACCUCUAUGCUGACCUCUACAAGCAGACCAACUCCAAAGAGACCAGACGGGUGUUCAUGGACCUCCACACCUUCUUCAUUGACCGGGGAGCAAAUUUGAAAGUUGCUGUUCCUGAAUCCAUCUCUUCCGAUCUUGACCGACGGCGAACAGAGCUGAUCCCAGAGGAAAUAAACCGACAACAUGUUCAAACACUGCAGGACUCUCUGCUUCCUGACAUCCAGAAGAACCUAGAGGAUUUCAGGCAGAAGCGCAGUAUGGGUCUUACUGUGGCCGAAGCAGAAUUGAUUAGAGUGGACCAAGAGCGAGUCAGAGACCGGGUCACUCUGGAACGAGAGCGCUCGUGCGCUGAAAACAUCAUCACCAAGAUCGAGGAUAUCCUAUUAACUACUCAGACCACAGAGGAAGAGAAAUGCACUACAAUGCAGUAUGUCAUCUAUACAUACAUGAAGCACCUUGGUGUGAGGGUCAAGGAACCUCGCAGUCUGGAGUCCAAACGGGUCCGGAUCAACUUUCUCCCCAAGAUCAAGAAAAGCAUAAAGACAGAAAAGGAAGGAGAGGAGAAGGUGAAAAAGCCCAGGUUUCCCAGUAUCCUUGGACCUCAGCGUCGGCCCAGCCGCGUUGAAGCAGGACCAGUGGGUAAAGCCUUGGAUAGUCGCCCCCGACCUCAGAAACAAUUGUCUCAGCCUUCAUUGGGUGCAACUGAGCACAUGGAACCUGGCCGUUUAAGAGGCAGCCAAUCAAGCGAGGGCUCUGAACUCACACACUCCAUGUCCGUCAACACCUCAUCACCAAACAGCACCACCUACAGCUCCGACACAAGCCGAGACGCUGAUAUAGGUGGAACUCCGACCUCAGGCCCCCACAGGCUGAGUGACGGCCUUCAGUCCGACCCUCUGGAUGGGCUGCCAUACCCCGCCUCGCACUUUGACCUCUACAGCCUGGACCAACUGCAAGAGGACGACAGAGAAAGUGAAAGAGCCCAUGAGGGAACACCAAAGGCAAUAAGAAGGCUUGAGGGACUGGGUGCAGCUGAUGUACAGAGUGAGGACGACCAGGGAACAGACUCUGAGCAUGACCCCCCAAACUGGCAACAGCUGGUGGGACAAGAAGUCCUCGCAGGUCUCCGGCCUCAUGAGAUCAAGAGACAGGAAGUUAUCAAUGAGCUGUUCUACACGGAGCGUGCACACGUGCGGAUGCUGAGAGUUUUGGACCACGUCUUCUACCAGAAGCUUUCCAAAGAGGGCAUCCUCCCUCCUGCUGACAUCAAGAACAUCUUCACCAACUUGGAGGAGAUUCUGCAGCUGCAUGUUUCAAUACUGGAGCAAAUGGCAGCCGUUCGGAAGAGAAAUGAGUCCUCAGUAAUUGAUCAGAUAGGAGACGACUUGCUCUCUUGGUUCAGCGGUGGGGAGGAGGAGAAGAUCAAGCAGGCGGUGGGGACGUUCUGCAGUAACCAGCCGUUUGCUCUGGAGAUCAUCAAGACCAAGCAGAAGAAAGACUCCAGGUUCACUUCGUUCAUCCAGGAGGCAGAGAGCAACCGACUGUGCCGCAGACUGCAGCUCAAAGACAUCAUUCCUGUGGAGAUGCAGCGGCUGACUAAGUACCCUCUUCUACUGGAAAACAUCUCCAAGUACACAGACAACACGGUGGAGAAGGACAAAGUGAAGCAGGCGGCAGACUGUUGUAGGAAGAUUCUCAAUCACGUCAACCAGGCUGUGAAGGAAUCUGAGGACAAGCAGAGGCUGGAGGACUAUCAGAGAAGACUGGACCUCUCCUCUCUAAAGCAGACGGACAACCCCAUGAUCCUGGAGCUAAAGAACCUGGAUCUAACCAAGAGAACGAUGGUGCACGAGGGGCCGCUGUCAUGGAAAGUGAACAAGGACAAGACAAUUGAACUGUACACUCUCCUCCUGGAGGACAUCCUGGUUCUUCUCCAGAAACAGGACGAGCGUUUGAUCCUCAAGUGUCACUGCAAAAACCUGGCAGGCACCGCCGAUACCAAACACAUAUUCAGCCCCAUCAUCAAACUCAACACUGUGCUGGUGCGCUCCGUGGCCACAGACAACAAGUCCUUUUUCGUGCUUUCCAUGUCAGACAACGGCGCCCAGAUCUACGAGCUGAUGGCGCCCACAGUCUCAGAUCAGAGAACGUGGCAGCGUCUGAUCGUUCAGAGAGCCGAUGCCAUGAAAGUCAAACCUCACAGCAUCAUACCGUUACCUCAGAGCGAUGGGGAGAGAGACGACGUGGAGAUCAUCCCCGCGGGUGUUUCAAGGCUGAGUAGAGAUGCAGACCGCACGUCCACCGGCAGCACCCAGUCCACCGAUAAAGAGAGCAGUCCAGCCCCUAGAGGCGCGACACAGAGCUCUCUACCUGGUAAUAAUCCGUUUGAGAGGUCGAAGGCAGAGGAAGAGGAGGUGGAGGAAGGGUUCGUGGACCCAGAGCUUCCUUACCAAGUGGGCGAAGAUGGCAGAGAAGGAGACUCGUUUAACGUGUUUCCCUCCAGAGCAGACGAAGCACUGAAAACAUUGGCGGCGUUAAAGCAGGUGUUGGUGACGCAGCUGAUGUCCCAGGAGGCCGCAGAGCAAACCAAACGCUCCACGGGGGCUCGUCUCCUCAGGACUACCUCUCUGCGGACCCCCAUCGACAGCCGCGCUCGCGUGAUGGUCCACAACGGCUCGGAGAAGGGCAGCACACAGACAGAGGACCUAGCUCAGGACCUGGGCUCCGGGGACACGGGCUUCUUCGACUCCCCCGACGACUAUGCAGGAUACCUGGUCCUGGAGGGUUACGGUGGCCCAGGGGAGAGCAGCACGGAUGACGACAUCUUGGCAUCAACCACAGGGAAGCAGCUGAGCACCUCACAAGGCUGCGCCACGGACUCCGGCAUCAACUUGAGGUUUUCUUCGACGUCACAGGCCGGCAGCCUCUCCUCGUUCAGCAGACAAGUCCUGUCUCACCUCAGAAACCUCCAGUCCAACCUAAACUAUCUGAAGGAGGUUGAGGCCAAGUAUAAUAAUCUAAUACGCCAAAGGCCAGAGAGGUCAGCAGCAGACACGGAUGGAAACAAAGAUAAGAGAUAGUGGAAGUCAAACGCCGCAGCUCUUGGCUCUGGUCCCAAAGAGAAAGUAACCGACUUGUAGUCUGUUCCUACUUCUUGUGUCCUGGACUUUCUGGACCUCCUAUAAGCUUGUCCUCUCACUGCUGAGUCCCCCCCCUCCCCCCCCCCCCCACCGCCGUCACCUGCGGUUGCCACAGAGAACGAGAGACUGAGUGGAGCAGAAGCAUUUGAAGGGAGGAAGUGUCUUUGUGGAGCCGUGUUCCCCUCUUAUCAGCACAAGGCAAUCAGGGAGGUGGGAUUGCCCCCAAGAAACCUCACCCCUCGACCAUCUAACACUCGUUUUCCCCCUGAACUCCCUGCAAGAAAGAGAACUUAUACCAAAAUGUACAAAGAUGUGUGUUUAGAAUAUAUAUAUAUGAAACACAAAACAAGAAAAGGAAAAUUUUAAGAUAAUGUAUUAAGAUUUUUUUUAUCCCAAGAUGUAUUUAUUUUCUUUCUUUUCUUUUCAUUUUUUUUUAAGUGUUUCCACAUUGCUUGCAUGCUUUUGGCCAUGGUGUUACCCUUUUUGGCUGCUCUUUUCCUGCUUCAGUCACACUGAAGGGUUUAGUGUGAGUGUUGAGCGCACGCCGGCGCACGAGCUGCACGCUCGGCGAGCGAGCGUAGUCCUGACGGAACGGCAGGAAUAUAUUCAGACUGAUAGAGGCCAGAGUUGCACUGGCGAUGGAUAGAUCCCAUUGUGUUGAAACUCUUGAAACUGUGUUAAGAGGUGUGGUGUUAACUAGAAUGAAGAGUCUGAAGGCUCUGAUCUGGUCCUGUUGUGUUUCCUUCCUCCUCCUCCUCACUGAGAGGAGUGUUUUGACUUCCCCUUCUUUUCCCUUUGAACACUACAGGUGUCGUCCUUUUUCCCCCCUUCUUUUUCUCACAGCCCAGUGGCUUUCAUGCUAUCUAUAUGUCAUCCUUUUUUCAUCUGCCUUUGGGUCUCGUGCCCCCCCCCCCCCCUUCUGCGAGGAGCGGUCGUGUUCCUUCUGUAUUAGCUUCUGACAGAGAUGCUGCUUCUUUCUGCUACUGUUGGCGAUUCUGAUCCGCCUGCCUGAUAAUCUAACAAUGUCAUGAAGUUCAACAUAUACUGUACAAUGAUCAAGUUGGAAGGUAAUGCAUAACUUUAAUAAAUAAAUGGUGCCAUGACACAUUCAAAAAGGAAAA